AAAGAGCAGAGGCUCUGAGCUGUCCGAUCAGGUCCAUUGUCUACUUACUCGAAGUCCUUUAUCUAGCUUUAUGCUCCUAUCAACACACUUCCUGUUUUUGUUUGGAUCUUUUAGCGCCUCUCAUCCCAGUGAAGCGUCUAUCUAUCCUAUUUUCAGCAGUAACUCACAAUUCGUGUCUAAGUAAGAACUGUCAGUGUGUGCGUGCCGCCUCCCAUUACACGGUUUACCUACGGCCUCUAAUAGGCUCGCAAGAGCAUGACCGAAUCAUGCAAACAUGGAACUUGGAUAUUUGGUUGUUUUUUGCCUCUACUGUUGAUUGCUGUAACCUAUAUGAACGAUGAAGUUAAAGAGGAAACAAAAAAUACUGUACUGCUUUUUAAAAUGAUGUCGCUGUCACUUUUUAUACACCACAAUCCCUGAAGCGUCCUAUUUCCUUUAGGACCCAGUGGAGCUCUGUGAGCUAAUCCCUGUGAUGUAGUACACAUGCUGUCCCUGGCCGUUGUUUUAGGUCAGUGCUAUUCGGAAUCCUUGGGACGUCCCUACCUUAAACCCUAAUUUAACCAUUUUGCAUUUCAACUUCAAAGGGGGUAGUGACGUCCCAAGGAUUCCGGAUAUCAAUGACCGUUUAUGUUGCGGUACUCGAGUGUAUGGUGGGGGCCCAUAAUCAGUUUUGCAGACACUAAUCUCCAUUGUAUGAAAGUGCAUUGUCUGAAAAACAACAUCUGGCUGCUGAAUGUGCACCAUCCAUGUCCAGGUAAAAUGUUACCUAGCCUUUCUUAAUCAGGCUCUGAAUGUCGAGGUUUGAUACAGGUUCCUGCUGCUAGCUAGCUAGUCUUGUUCACCAGCUGACUUGGUAACAUUUAUUGGUGUUCUGACCGUACUGCUUGCUUUAAAAGAAAUUACGCAUCAGUUGUUCUCGCACCUGAUAAUUAUGCUCGCCAAUUCAACACGGGGCUUUCUCUGGUCGGAUGUCGAAACCAGAACCUUGCUGAAUAUCUGGGGGGAGCGGGACAUCCAGACGGCGUUGGGCGGAAACUUCCGAAACAGUCAUGUCUACCGCGACGUCGCCAGAAGGUUGGGAAUUAUGGGGUUCGAAAGAACCCCAGAGCAGUGUAGGGUGCGAAUCAAAAGCCUGAAAAGGCAGUUUAUCCUGGCCAAGGAGGGCAACCUGAGGAACAACGGCCAAUACCACAAAAUCUGCAAGUUCUACGAUGCCAUGGAGACGAUACUAAGCUGCCGUCCCCAGAUUGACCCCCAGGAGUUGUUAGACAGUGGGGCCGUGGGGGAUGAGACCGAGGAGGAAGUGGGCACAGACCCUCCACAGGACCCAUACUUGGAGAGCACAGGGGAAAGCUCCUACCCAGAAACCCAAGUGAAGCUCGAAUACCCUCCCAUCCCUGUGACAGUGGGAAAUAUCCUCGAGCGCUCCUUCUCCCUUGGGACAGCAGCACGCCGAGGAAUGGAUGAUAUCCUUCCACUGGUGAAGAAUAUAGUCCCUCAGCUGACGUCUAAAAAGCACAAAGGCCAAGAUGGGCGGAUUGCGAUUAUUGGGGGAUGUCAGGAGUAUACAGGAGCUCCGUACUUUGCUGCUAUCUCUGCAUUGAAAGUGGGGGCCGACGUGUCACACGUAUUCUGCGCUAAAGCUGCAGCGACGGUGAUCAAAUCCUACAGUCCGGAGCUCAUAGUUCAUCCUGUGCUGGACAGCCCCAAUGCAGUGGAGGAGAUAGAGAAAUGGCUCCCCAGACUUCACUGCCUGGUGGUGGGCCCGGGGCUGGGCAGAGACGAAAUGCUGCUGAAAACCGCCAAGGAAGUAAUUGAGAAGUCCAAAGCAAGAGAUAUCCCUAUAGUUAUUGAUGCAGACGGGCUGUGGCUGGUUGCUCAGCAACCAUCAGUCAUCCAAGGGUACAAGAAGGGCAUCCUCACUCCCAACUACAUGGAAUUCACCCAUUUGUAUGAGGCUAUGCACCAUGAGCCUCUGGAUAGCAGUGACCAUCAGAGGAGUGCCAUGGAGCUCAGUGUUGCCAUGGGCAACCUGACUGUGGUGCUUAAGGGGGAGGACGACCUUAUCACUGACGGCAACAAGGUGAUCUUGUGCAGACAGGAGGGCAGCGGGUGUAGGUGUGGGGGACAAGGUGACCUCCUAUCUGGCUCUCUGGGAGUGCUGGCACACUGGGCAUACACCUCAGCAGACAUGACCAAAAGUGUGAACCCGUCAGUGGUGGCAGCGUUCGGGGCCUGUUCUCUGACCAGACAGUGUAACAGACAGGCCUUUCACAAACAUUGGCGAGCCACCACCACCACAGACAUGAUCCAGGAGAUCAGCUCCGCCUUCCUAAAACUAUUUGAGAGCUGAGAACGGUCUACAGGGGUCCAAGAUACUCACAUACGUACUGUACAUACACCUACAUACAUGCAUACAUACUGUACAUAGACAUAACGACACACUCUUCCAUGGGAAUCCUGAGAAUCCAUUCUCUAUCUUUACUGUCAUCCAGAAUAGAAUCUUAGUGACAGUAUGGCACCGGUGUGGUCUCCUGUUUUUGUCAUAAACAUCUUUUACAUUGUAAAUAUUAAAAUGUUGUUUGAAAGUUAA